CCUUUGUGAACCAUUGAAUUCCAUUCCUACACUAAUGAUAUCUCUCAUGGCUUCCCAUCGUUUGAUGGUAUAGCUUGCUAACCCUCAUUUUUCAACCAAACUAAGUGAAAGCUACAAAAUGGAAGAUAUGUCAUCAAGAGAAACAAUGAGUGUUGGGGGGAGUGAGGAAGUUAGGAUGAUGGAGGAAGUUAGUCUAGAGACUGAAUUGUCUAGGUCAAAGAGAAUGGUGGAAGAAAGGGGAGGUGAAGAGGUAGUUGAAGGAGAGGGAAUUCCUAUGAAUAUUUUGGAAGUUGUAGGUGAAUGUGAGAGAUGUUAUAAUGUAGAGGCAAACAUUGUGUCUGAGGUGAUGUGGCCAGCUGAAGUGAAGGAGAGGGCAUGUUCAGCACCUCGAGAUCAUUGGAUGCCAAUUUACGCCCAUUAUUUAUCGGCAGGGCUGAGGUUCCCCAUCUUAGAAUCUCUGGUUAGCUUAGAUGCUGUGGAGGCGGCUGAGCUUUAUGGAGUGAACUCUUUAAGUAGCUUGUUCGACACAAAGAGCAUGACAGUUGCAAAGAGGUUUACAAACUCAACUUUCCUUGAGGUGGAUUAUCAUCGAGCUCGGGAAAAGGUGCUGAGCCAUGGUGGGGUUGGGAUUGUUAAGCACGUCCUUGAGGCUGCGAGUUUAAUGAAUGCACUAUCACAGAAGUUUUUUGAAACUCUUAAGGAAUCUAAUGUUUUGGCAAAGGAGAAGGAGGAUCUGGGGAAGAAAAAGGAAAAGGUGGAGAAGGAUCUAGUAGAAGCUAUAUUAGAGCUUAUGCGGCUUCAGGAGGAGAAUGAUUCAUUAAAGACAAAGCUCAUGUUUGAGGAGAGGAAGAGGAAGAUUUGUGAGGAUAAGAUAGCAGUGUAGGAGAAGGAGAUUGUUAGAAUGAAAAAGGUUGCUAUAG